GGCGAAUCAGCGAUUGACUCGUUCACAGACAUUAAAACUAGGAAGCCGAUAAAUGAUUGUUUAACGUGAAACAACUGUUUUAAUGAUCUGUCGCGUUUUUAAACAUGAGUAUUUUGAGACAAAGAAAAAAUUUAGCGAAGAUAAUCCAGGAGUUUGAUGCAUUUCCAAAAGUUGAGGAGGACCAUCAGGAAUGUACAGCAUCUGGCGGUGGAUUAUCAUUGGUUGUGUUCUCCCUGAUAACCAUGCUUGUUGUGUUUGAGAUCAACUAUUUCUUGGAUCAGGGAGUCAGAUAUGAAUACGAUAUUGACCCCAACUUUGAUAAAAAGCUGAAAUUGAACAUUGAUAUCAUGGUAGCCAUGAAAUGUUCUUAUGUGGGUGCAGACAUAUUAGACAUACUUGGUGAAAAUGCAGACAAGAUGGGUAACCUAGAAGAACAGUCCAUGAAUUUUGAUCUGACCCCAAGCCAGCAGGUGUCAUUCAAGAACAUGAAGAGCAUUAAUGAUUAUGCCAGACAAGAGUAUCACUCCAUACAUGAGCACCUCUGGAAGUCCCAACUAAAAUUUGGAUCAUUUUAUUCAUUUCAAAAUCUUUUUUCAUUUAAGCCUGACACUUCGUCAAAAGUGAAAGAGGAGGAUGUGGAUGGAUGUCGCUUCCAUGGAAGUCUCGAGGUUAACAAGGUGGCCGGUAACUUUCAUAUCACCGCUGGAAAGUCAUUACCGGUUUUUCCAAGAGGUCAUGUGCAUCUCUCUUUCAUGAUGAGAGAUACGGAUUACAAUUUCUCCCAUAGAAUCCUCCACUUCAGUUUCGGUGAUGAGAAUGGAGGCAUUAUAAACCCACUGGACGCCGAGGAGAAGAUCACCCAUGAUUCCAAUCACAUCUUCCAGUACUUUGUACAAGUCGUUCCGACGGUUCAGUCGCAUUUUUCAUCUAAUGAUGGUGAUGAUGCAUAUCAAUACGCCGUAACUGAACAAAAUCGCACGAUAAGCCACGCCAAAGGUAGUCACGGCCUCCCAGGCAUUUACAUCAAAUAUGACCUUUCACCUUUAAGGGUCAAGGUGGUUGAGAGGUCGACAUCGCUGAUACAGCUUCUUAUAAGGCUGUGCGGCAUCAUAGGCGGUAUAUAUUCAACCUCAGGUAUAAUCCAUUUGAUCCUGACCAGUCUCAUUGAUUUCAUCCUGUGCAAACGUUGCCAAAAAAAUCAGUCCUACCGGCAAAAUCGUCCGCCGAAGCAUGGCGAAGCAGUCCCUGUAGUGUCCCUCAUUAAUCCCGCCGGUGACACGCCAAAUUUUCAAGAGGUACCACUUAAUGGGAACGUCGAUGCUAAUGGCAAUGUCGGCGCUAAGUAUGCCGGCGACUACAGUAGUGGUAAAAUUAAUGAUGGCAGUUCUGAUGGCAUUAAAUCUUCCUUGAACAGUGCCGUUGAUGACGGUGAUGGUAAUAAUUUAACGUCUUUGUUAUUAGAGAAAUUGUAAAUUGCGUUUAUGUUUGCGCGUACGUAUGUUUGUUGUGCGUGUUUGUGUGAGUGUCUAUGUGUUAAUUUGUUUUGUUUUGAUAAGUUAUCAGUGAAUGAGAUAAUUAUUAUUUUAUAAUUGUCAACGAUGAUAUGUGUCUAUUUCACGAUGAUUAAAUGGUUGUUUAAAUAAAUGAUUACAAUACCACAUGACUGACAACGAUGACGAAAAUGACAGCUACUAAUCAGCCAUCAUUAUUUGUGAUUAAGUAAGUAUGUUUAAUACGUUAACAUCAUCAAUAUAAAUUUAUGGGAGACAAUAAAUAUUUAAAUUAAGCAGGAUGUUUAAGUUGAGAUGGUUCAAUACUGACCACAUGUUUAAAACAACAAUUAAUAUAUGUAUAAAUAAUUGCUGGUUAAUUUGGCUAAAUAUUCUAAUCAUCUCCUUUUAAACGAUCGUUAUUAACAUUGUUUAGUAUUUGUAUUAUUGUUGUUUCUAUUAUUAUUGGUAGAAGUCGUUUCAACAAAUAAAAUUAUUGAUAUUAA